GUCUCGUUCAAAGGAGAGCCCGCAUUCAUCAAAACUGGAUUUAAUAACUGGAAGAAAAGUGAGGCUUUUAAGAAAGACGAAAGUUCCGAGUGCCACAAGAACUCUCUCCAGUCGUUUCACAUUUGGAAAAGCCACAAACCGGUAGAUCACCAACUUAGCGAAGAUGCAGAGAGACAAGAGUCUUACCGUCAGCUAAAAGUAUGUUUUUCAAGUCAAUGUUCUUUUUGCCUUGCUCAAUAUUGUAUAUUGAAUCAACGAACAUUCGAAUUCCUCUGAACCUGUACAUAUGUCAUUCCUAUCUAAUGUUGCUUUGUAUUUUUAGGUUAAGAAAAUCGGACUAUAA